AUGGGACACCGCCUCCCUCCAGGAGGAGACGCCGCGCGCGCCGGGAAAUGCAGCCCUGCGCCGGAGCUGCUCGGCGGACCAGGGCUGGGCCCGGUGCAUGCGCCCCGUGCACGCGCCCCGUGGGAGCCAGGCCCGCGCACGCGCAGCCCGCCCUUCCCCCCGCGGCCCCCGCCCCCUCCCGCCGCGCCGCGCGGCCGCCCUAAGCUCUUCCGCGGGUCGCCGGCGCUCGUCGAGAAGGUGGCCGGUUCCCCGGUGACCCCGCGGGCGGCGGUGAAGCUGCUGGGUACCCCGGAGGCGUGUCGGAGAAGUUUAAAUAUGGCUUGGGACCCCACACGUGGCCCUGCCUGGCCAGGCCAGAAGAGGCAGCAGGGCACAUCCAUCUUCUGCAGUAACUACGACUUGAACUAUGAACUGUACCGAGAAGAUGUUCCCUACAGGGUGUAUGAUUACCACAGGAUUCCCCCACUGAUCAAUCGCGUGCCUGUCAAGCUCCGGAGGACCCGCUCGGGGGUCAAGAGCAGGGCCUCCAGGAAAAACCGCCCACCCCCUGUACAGAUAAAGCUCCGACCUGAAGAACUGCGCUCCAUCAGAGGGGAGCUGAGCCAGAUCAAAGCCCAGGUGGACAGCCUGCUGGAGCAUCUGGAAUGCAUGGACCGGCAGAGGGACCAGCCGGCAGGGACAAAGGACAGUGAAGAGAAUAGGUGCCCUGGUAGUGAGGGCUCAAGCAGAAGCAUUGAGCCCUCACAGGAGCCCAGGGGUCAGAGGGCCAACCCAGAGGCAGAUGGUGCUAAUGAAAGCCCAGGCGCAGAGAAGGCAGUGAAGAUUCACUCACUGGAACAGGAAGGCAGCCAAUAGGAGGUGGGAAUCCCCCCAGCCUCAUCAGCACCAGGCUUUCUUGGGUACUUCCUUUCCUUGUCUUGUGGCACCCAUGUAGCCUGAGAUACCUGCUCUAUAGCUGGGGCAGUGAGGUGGGGGCUGGGCUCAGCCGAUUGGAAAGCCUCACUAGUGGUGGGUUUAGCUUCUUUGGAGGUUGUUUCCAGGUUAGUCCUAGGGCUGGCAGGGGUGGAAGGGAGGCAGCCUAGAACUGCCCAGCACCGGCUCACCAUGCUCAUGAAGCCAGGACCACCUCACAAGAGGUAGAUAGACAACAGGGUCCCCCUGAGAGCUCAGGAGAUACCCUCAGCCCUGUCUGAAUACAGACACGGCUUCAGCUGUUCUCCCCCCAGGUGCCACCAAUCAGCAGCUGGCUGACAGGUACACCUGGUCUACUAUUGCCCUCCGUCUGACAAGAAGCUAGCAGGCCCUCAGCGUGUGCCCCUAACUUUUGGUUCCAGACUCAUCGACUCCAGAAAGCCAUCCUUCAAGAGGGGCACUGUUUUUACAUCCUGUUUCUAUCUUGUCUCUGGCUGGGGUUGCAAACCUGCUCUAGAAAAAUGUCAGAAGGGAAAAAAUAAAACUUGUAUUUCUUUUUCCUA